CGCGUUGCCCGGCCUCACUGAAUAAAUUCCCCCCAAACCCUAGCACAACCCAACACGCAACAACCAAAUUUCCCAUCUUUUCCUCCCCUCUGCCGCCGCCGCGUUUCUAGGGUUUUCCUCAUCUGCAAUUCGUACGCACCCACCCCCAACAAGGAUCCAACAGUGAUGGCAAGUGCAGCGGCAUGCGAGAAGAAGAUGAUCAUGCUAAAGUCGUCCGACGGCGAGGAGUUUGAGGUGGAGGAGGCGGUCGCCAUGGCGUCGCAGACCAUCCGCCACAUGAUCGAGGAUGACUGUGCCGACAAACGCAUCUCGAUCCCCAGCAUCAACUCCAAGAUCCUCUCCAAGGUCAUCGAGUACUGCAACAAACACAUCCCGACCAAGCAAGCCGUCGACACCACUAGAGCCACGGGUGUUGUUGCAUCUGACGCCGUGGAUCCCCCUGCUCUAGCCAAGGACCUCAAGAUCUGGGAUGCAGAAUUCAUGAAGGUCGACCAGGUCACCCUCUUCGACCUCAUCCAGGCUGCAAGAUACCUCAAUAUCAAGGAGUUGUUGGACCUGACUUGCCAGACUGUUGCCGACAUGAUUAGUGGGAAAAAUCCAGAGGAGAUCCGUAAUUUAUUCAACAUCAAGAACGACUACUUGCCUGAGGAGGAGGAGAAGAUCCGUAGGGAGAACCAGUGGGCAUUUCAGUAGAGGAGCAUCCAGGUCGCGUUGAAUGAACGCUUAAUUAUUAUUUUUCAUGUCAACAUUUUAGCUGCACUCUUUAUGUUUUAAUUUGAUGUACUGGAGUCUAUGAAGUGGUGUCAGUAAACAUAUUCAGUGUUUAUGCUUGCGUG